CACCGACCCCGCAGGGGAGCAGCAGCGGCUCAACCCGGCUUCCCGGCUCACAAUAGAGGCGGCAGCAGCUGGUAACAGAUUUGAGUGCGGGCCAGACCUGCAAAGGUUCAGCAAUCCCGUGCUUCGCUGCCCCUUCCUCCCCGCCCCCCCCAGCACCCAGCAGCUAUCGCGCGCAGCUACUCCAGCCCCUUCCUGUGCCCUGUAUCAGCAGCCCGGGCUGCAGCGCUCCGGGACCGUGGCUUUCUGCGAGGGCAGCAGGCAGCCCUGGGCUCUGCCGACACCAGCCCCUGAGCCGGAGCCUGCAGGAUUUUAGAUUUUCAAAACCCAGCGUGGUCUCUAGAUGGAACAAGGGGAACAGCUGUGGGUCCCAAAUCUCCAGGGUGCUGAGGAAAGGGAGAGUCCAGGACGCUCAUGGGCAGCAGGUGAUGGGACGGUGAGUGAGAGUGAGGAGAAGAACCCUGAGCAGGAAGGUCCUGAGCAAGUGGAACUGCAUGAGGUGGGACCAGGGAGAUCUGAUGGGGAUGUUUCCCCUGAGCUGGGUGAAGCCUGCGGAAGUCAGGGCAGGUCAGAGAAGGAGCAGGAAAGCCACCCAGAAGAGAGACAGGAGAAUCCCGGACACAUUUUGGGACAUUUGGGGAGACACAAUGACUCUACAAUCCACAGGGGACUCUGCCUCGGGCAGAAACCCAACACGUGUGAGGACUGUGGGAAAAGCUUCAGCCUGAGGUCAAAUCUGAUCACCCAUCAGAGACUGCACCUGGGGGAGAGACCCUACCAGUGCCCGGAGUGCGGGCGCUGCUUCAGCCAGAGCUCACAUCUCAUCACACACCAGCGUCUGCACACGGGAGAGCGGCCCUACCGGUGCCGGGACUGUGGGAAGAGCUUCAAUGUGAACUCGGACCUGAUUAAACACCAGCGAACGCACACGGGCGAGAGGCCCUACCCUUGCACCGAGUGUGGGCGGCGAUUCAGCAGCAGCUCCAACCUCACGAGGCACCAGCGGCUGCACACGGGCGAGAGACCCUAUCGGUGCGAGGCCUGUGGAGAAAGCUUCCGGGACUGCUCAUCCCUCACAAUCCAUCAGAGGGCGCACACAGGAGAGAGGCCCUAUGUUUGCCCCGACUGUGGGAAAGGCUUCACUGACAGCUCCCUCCUCAUCAAGCAUCAGAGGACACACCAGACAGAGAAGUGCUUUAACUGCCCCGACUGCGGGAAAAGCUUCUCCACCAGCACGUACCUGGCCAGGCACCAGAGAACCCACCUGGCUGAGAAGCCCUAUCGGUGCGACGAGUGUGGCAGGGGAUACAGCCAAUUCGCUCACCUCACCACCCACCAGAGAGUGCACACGGGAGAGAGGCCCUACAUCUGCCCUGAAUGUGGGAAAAGCUUCACCACCAGCUCUGCCUUGACCAAGCACAAGAGAAUCCACACGGGAGAGAGACCAUACAACAUCUGUGCUGAAUGCGGGAAGCACUUCUCCCGGCGCUCGCACCUCAUAAUCCACCAGCGCAUCCACACAGGUGAGAAGCCCUACCAGUGCUCCGAGUGCGGGCGCCGCUUCAGCCAGAGCUCCACGCUGAUCAGCCACCAGCGCACCCACACGGGCGAGAAGCCCUACACCUGCCCCGACUGUGGGAGGAGCUUCAGCCAGAGCUCCACACUGCUGACCCACCACCGGCUGCACACCGGGGAGACACCCUACAAGUGCCUGGACUGCGGGAGGAGCUUCAGCCAGAACUCCACCUUCAUCAUCCACCAGCGCACCCACACCGGCGAGAAGCCCUACACCUGCCCUGACUGCGGCAAGAGCUUCAGCGUCAGCUCCUACCUCAUCACACACAACCGCAUCCACCGCGGCGAGCGCCCCUACAAGUGCCCUGCCUGUGGGAAGGGCUUCAUCGACAGCUCCACCUUCGUGCGGCACCAGCGCACCCACACGGCAGAGAAGCCCUACCGCUGUGCCGACUGCGGCAAGAGCUUCAGCCUCAGCUCCUACCUUGUGAAGCACCGCACCCUGCACACGGGUGAGCGGCCCUACAAGUGCACUGAGUGCGGGAAGCGCUUCGGCGAGAGCUCAGACCUGCUGCGGCACCAUCGAACCCACACAGGCGACAGGCCCUUCCAGUGUGUCCAGUGUGGGAAGAGCUUCGGGGAGAGCUCCACGCUCACCCGUCACCAGAGGACUCACCUGGGCAAGGAUGCACCCAUCUACUAGCCACAGUGCUUGGCACAGCCCCUAGGCCACGGGGCAACAGCUGCCCCCCUCAGCUUAUUGACUGCAGAGGAGGCAGAAAAGAAACCCCCAUGCAAUCUCAUUGCCUGGAGUCACCAGCUCUACUGAUAUUUGGUGUUUCUCUUAUAAAGCCCUAGCUCACAGAGUCCUGUGUUCAUUGCACAAGAAUCUGUACUUUCACUUAAAGAGGGGAAAAAAGAAAGAAAGAAAAAAUGAGUUUCUAACCCUUGUGGUUGUGAAGAAAACAUGACUCUUGAGGGCUCACAAACCAGAAGUCAAAGGAAAACCCCCCCAAUGUAUUGUUGUUUCAAAUCUCCUGAGCUUUUGAGGGGGUGAGGGACCUGACUUGUAAUUUUUAAUGCUUUGGGUUGAUGCUGCAUUAGAUCAUAGAAUAUUAGGGUGGAAGGGACCUCAGGAGGUCAUCUAGUCCAACCCCCUGCUCAAAGGAGGACCAAUCCCCAGAUUUUUACCCCAGUUCCCCAAAUGGCCCCCUCAAGGAUUGAACUCACAACCCUGGCUUUAGCAGGCCAAUGCUCAAACCACUGAGCUAUCCCUCCCCCCGAGGGAUACUUGCAGGGCCAGAGCUGUUUUCUAUGCCUUAACUAACUUUCUUGACUAGAACAAACAAGUUCUGACCAUUAUGUUUUCAAUUAGUGGACCGUAUUCACAAGAGUAACUACUGUAACAACGUUUUAAAUGGGAAUUUCUUGGGUUUUUAUUAUUUUAAGAAAAAUAGUAUAUAAAAACAUACUUUCCCAAGUUACUUGAAUCCUACAGGUUCAACUAGAAGAGUUUACAAACCCCACAGAUUGUGCUUGUAACUCUAAAGAUCCUGCAUCGCUAGGAGUAGGUUUUGUGUCAUAUUGGCAUUGGCUUGAAGAGUUAAUAGAACCCCGGUAUUACUGUUAUAGCAUUAAAUGGUUAAUUUUGGUUUGCUUAAAGUCAGAACUGGAGACACCCAUUGUAACGACCAUCACAAAAUGCAUUUAAUCCUUUUAUUAACGCACACACAAACUAUUAGCCAUUGGAAGAACAAUGUAAUGAGGCAUGUAGUGGAUUCUCCAUCAGCCGGAGUCUUUAUAUCAAGAUCAGGUGUCUCUUUCUAAAAGAUUUCUGGCUCAAUCAGAAGGUAUUGGCAGGAAUUGUUGGGUUAGACUCUGCAGUCUGUGUUAUGCCAGAAGUCAGACUUGAUGAUCAGAAUGGCCCCUUCUGGCCUUAAGCUCUAUGAAUUGUAAAAAGGAAGUGCCGGAUCGGAGUUUCAAAGCUGCAUGAGUAUUUGGAUGCCCCAGUCCCAUUUAAUUUAAUAGGAGUUGGGCCUCCAGAACCUUUAGGCAGUUUUGAAAAUCUUGACCUUAAAGCAUUUGAUAUGUAAAAGGUGAAGUAAAACCUUAUAUGGGCAGUUUCCCUCAUUCCCAAUCCCCUAGACUGAGUAGAUUCUUCUUUAGAACAAACUUUUAGUUCUAGUAUUAUGGCCCAAAGUCAGUUGUAGCCUCUGAGUAGCUGUUGCCACCAACUGAUACUGUUUCUUUUUAUGACAAAACAAAUGCACACACAGUUGGGAGAGAUAAAAAUAGCAGAUGAUAGCAAAAUGCAGCUUCAUUCUCUCUGCUUGUGAUUAAGUGGCUGUAGAAUCAUGGGUACAGCUGUGCAGCACACAACUUGGAAAGCUGACUGUAUUUUCAAAAUAAAAAAGCCUGGACACUGGUGGCAACAUGUUUGCGGCUUGUAAAAUACUCGUUCAAAAGUGCCCUAUUUUUUCCCCUCAAUGUGGCACUGGUGUUGCAACUGCUGCCUUCUGACUGAACAGUGAUUUGAGCAUAUUUCCCAGAGGAAUUUUGCAGCAUCUGGGUGAGUUUAACAUGAAGCCCUGAACUAGCAUCGUGAACAUUCGCACUGGGCAGAAGAGCAGCUCUGAUAGCAUUGGGUUAUUAGCUUUUCUCUUUAUUUAAACACUAAAAGAACAGGAGUACUUGUGGCACCUUAGAGACUAACAAAUUUAU